AUGAGAAGGAGCAUCUACAAACUAGAAGGAAAAUUAUUCCCAGUAACUAAGCGGAUUGUUCCAAAUUUUAUUAUUGCACAUUAUCUCUAUAUUGUCUUGUUGAUUAUUCUUGGAUCUGUUGUUGUUUAUGGGCAGAAGAACAUGAGUUUUGUCGAUUGUUUGUUUACUAUAGCAAGCGCUUCUACUCAAGGAGGAUUGGCUACUCAACAAGUAAAUGACAUGGAAUUGUAUCAGCAAAUUACAAUUUAUUUUUGUUGUUUUUUCACAUCAACAAUUUUUGUUCAUGGAUCACUCACUCUGGUCAGAUUGUAUUGGUACGAGAAAAUAUUCGAUAAUAUCAAGGAAACAUCUAUGAUGCAAUAUAAAAAGCGUAGAAGCAAAACAAUAGCAAACAUGAGAUCAGAAGCGCAUGCAAGAUCACAGACAUUUGCCAACAAGCAAUAUCGUGACAGCCACAAUGCGUCAGAAGGUCUCACGACUCGAAUUAAACGGCACCAUGAUUCAACCAAUACGUCUGCAAAGCUCAGUAAUGAAAAAGGUAAUGUUGUUAAUCUCUGUGGUGACAACACUGUAUCUAUUAGUCCCCAGUUUCCAAAUAUCAAAUUUGGUGAUCUACCAAAACCAGUGAAAAAUGACCUUCAACAAUCAAAUUAUGAGAGUAUGACCAGCUCAGUACAACAAGAUCUGCGUAGAAGUAAAGGAAAUACUACUCACAAGAGGAAACCAAUGCAUUACAAGAUGCAUAAAAAGUUGAUAAAAAACAAAAAACGUAACCAAGAGAAAAUGGCCCUACCGCAUUUGAAUACUUCAACCAACGAUUUUGAAAUGGUCGAACUGAAACAAUUUCUAAACGAAUCGACCAUGAAUCAAGGCACUGCUAACUUUGAAAGAUCUUUUUCUUCUCCCAUACAAAUAAGAUCUGGAGUCCCCAAUGAUUAUUUUUUGUAUAGUACAGGUUCACUUAAACCAUUUCUACGGCUCAAGAAGAUUCCAAAAUCCAAUACCCUAGAUUAUCAGCUACCUUCUACAACGGAAACUAAAAAAGACCACUUCAGUGAAAACUAUGGGUUUAAGUUUUUGAAAAGAGACCUUUCAAAAGUGUUCUGCAAAACGGAAACAGGUGCAAACCUGGAAGGAUUGUCAGAUGAAGAAUUCAUUAUCAACUAUACAUUUGACGUUCCCUCAAAUUAUUUGUCUUGGACUCCAACUAUCGGAAGAAAUUCCAAUUUUAUUGCCUUAACUAGGAAACAGAAGAUAGAGCUAGGUGGCGUUGAAUAUCAGGCUACGAUGUUAUUAAGUAAAAUCAUAUUUGUAUACUAUUUUGGUCUCAAUGUUCUAGGUUCAAUUAUGAUGGUCGCCUAUGUUACAUCCAAAAAAGAAUAUGCUAAUGUCAUCAAAGCCGACGGGGUUGCACCAGCUUGGUGGGGAUUAUUUACAUCCAUGAGUUCACUGUGCAAUUUGGGCCUUACCUUGAAUGCAAGUAACUUGAUGAUUGUAGCCCAAAAUGCAUACGUUCAAAUUAUCUCUGCUAUUCUUAUUCUAUGUGGUAAUACUGCGUUCCCAAUUUGCCUUAGAAUUAUUAUUUGGACAAUGAAGAAGUUUACAAGACCAUUGACGCUAUUUCACGAUUCUCUAUGCUUUUUACUGGAUCAUCCCAGACGUUGUUUCACAUUACUAUUUCCCGCAAGUGCAACAUGGUGGUUGGCCGUCGUUUUAAUUACACUAAACCUGGCCGACUGGAUGGUUUUCAUUGUACUUGAUUUUGACCGUUCUACACUAAAUUAUCUUCCUCGUGGCUAUCAAAUUUUAUGUGGGUUAUUCCAGUCAAUUUCAACGAGAACAGCAGGAUUUAACGUCGUCAACUUGGCGACCCUUAAUCCCGCUAUACAGCUUGGCUACAUGGUGAUGAUGUAUAUUUCGGUCUUGCCUUUAGCGAUUUCUAUUCGUGAAACGAAUGUCUAUGAAGAGCAGUCUCUCGGUAUUUAUCAUGAUCAAAAAGUUCAUCCCUCCGAGGCAAACACUACUUGGAAAUAUGUUGCUGAACAUUUGAGAAAGCAGUUGUCUUUUGACUUGUGGUUCUUAUUUAUUGCCAUUUUUAUUAUCUGCAUUUGUGAAGCCGGAAAGAUUCAGUCUGACCCUAAUUUUGGUAUAUUCCAAAUCAUGUUUGAAGUGGUUUCAGCAUACGGUACCGUUGGUUUGUCUCUAGGUUAUCCUAAUACAAAUACCUCACUCAGUGGCAAAUUCAGUAGGAUCUCAAAAUUGGUUAUUGUAGCAACUUUAAUCCGAGGAAGACAUAGGGGGUUGCCCGAUAAGAUAGAUAGGGCAAUUUUGCUAUCGGAUGAUAAAAUUAAUGCAUUAGAUGACUUAGAAUCAUAUAGAUAUACAGCUGGAAAUGAUACGACACAUUUGAGUCACACAGCCAACCUAAGGAGUGAUGUGAUUUCUGAAAGAGAACUAACUCCUGAGAAAGCCGACUUCUCUCACAAACAACUUACUGGGCAAAUCACACAUCUUUUGAGUAAAACCGUGGACUAUGUCUUGACCAUAUCAAACAUAAAAUAUUUUACUACCCAUCAACCAUAA